AUGUUCUCUGGAUUGCGCCGCCUCGGGAUCGUUGUGGUGGCGGAGAGGCCUCGUGCUGGAAUUACCGAUGUUGGAGCAACCGGAAUUGGGUUGCCGGGGCGAUACGUGAUCCUACGAGAAGAGAAGGGGGGGGGGGGGAGAUGUCGGGAAUUAUAUGCCAUAUUUUUUCUGCAUUAUUUUACUGACCUUGUUGCGUUUUGUAGGUGUGUGGUCGUUGGUGACGGAGCUGUCGGGAAGACCUGUCUUCUUAUUUCUUACACUACCAACAAGUUCCCGAGCGAAUACGUUCCUACCGUGUUUGAUAAUUAUGCUGUGACUGUUAUGUGAGUCGUGUUAUCAAUUGGAUAUGGUUGGGCCGGGUACUUAUAUUUUGAUCUCACCAGGAUUGGGGAUGAGCCGUAUACUCUUGGGUUGUUUGAUACUGCAGGGCAGGAAGAUUACGAUCGACUUAGGCCUUUGAGUUAUCCUCAGACCGACGUGUUCUUGAUCUGUUUCAGUGUCAAUUCUCCCGCCAGUUUUGAGAACGUCAAAGUCUGUUUAUCCCGCCUUUUCCGUUUUUUUAAGAAAUAAAUAGAUAAAUUGGGGUCCUGAUGAUUAAUGAAUUACUGCGCGUUAUAGGAGAAGUGGCUUCCCGAGGUUAGGCACCAUUGUCCGGGUGUUCCGUGCUUGAUUGUCGGUAGGUAUUUUUAUUGUUAUUGUUAUUAUUAUUACUUCAAUGUCUCACGCGUUAAUCCUUUUGUUCUGUACAUCUAGGAACCCAGGUUGAUCUUCGCGACGAUCCUGCGGUGAUUGAGAAAUUGGCCAAACAGCGUCAAUCGCCAAUCACCUCCAAGCAGGGCGAGCAACUCGCCAAAGACUUAUCAGCCAUCAAGUAUGAACCUCCCGCCCCCGCAAUAAAGUAUGCCAUGUUCUGUUUCUAGUCUUGGAUUAUUUAUCCCAUUCCUGGCUAUUUGAUAGUUGGCGUGAUGCUAAUAUGGUCUAUAAUAGGUACGUGGAAUGUUCGGCUUUGACUCAGAAGGGGCUCAAAAACGUUUUUGACGAGGUAUGUGGUCGGCGAUACCUUUGGGGGGCCAAUGUGGGUUUGUCGGUAUAUUUUGACAUAUCAUAGGCUAUUGUCGCCGCUCUGGAGCCUCCUCAACAACUCAAAAAGAAGAGGUGCUCAAUCCUAUAAGCGGUACGUGGGAUCAGUGCAUUUUUUCUUUUUUUCCACUGGGCGAGCUAACUUUUUAGUGUCACAGCUUCAGUCGGGAGUUGCGGAGUAGAAUUUCGUCUCUAACUUAAACGGCACGAAAGUCCUUUCCAGUUAAAAUAUCCCUGUUUCAUUGCCAGGCCUUGUAAUUUGUCUUGGAGCAAUUCUGCCUUUAUCUUGUCUUUUCUUCUAUCUAUAACUUGGCCGCGUCUCUUAACAGAGGUGUGCUGUUGCUUUCUUGUUUAAGAUAGAUUGAGAUAGUGAGAGGAUGCAGGACUGCUGUUGUCUUGAACUGGCUUGCAAAUAUCUUGAAACUUUUCUUUCUCUUUCAUCCUCCGGGGGUUCCGCUAGAUGUUGGAGUUGUGCAGAUCGGACAUCUUGGUUCCUCAGAGUUGCUUGUAUUUUUGUUAUUUUUUUUUUACACGACCGUACGAUUAGUUGUUUUUUCUUCUCGCCUUUUACCUCUUCUUUCUGCAAGUUUCUAUGAUGAGGGUAGUAGUGAGGUAUGACAUGGCUUCUAUUCUAUGGUCUCGGGCGGGGGAAUCAGAAUAGCCAUAUGACACUCGAGACGUCACUUUAUGAUGCGAACGCCAAUAGUUUCUUUGUUUCCUAUUACUACUUUACUUUUGUUUCUCUUGGUAGACAAUUGGAGGCGGAAGUGAGGGGGGUGGGGUACCGCAACCCCCCCACUUUUUUUUUUUUUUCAUUUCUGAAUUUGCUUCUCGGUGUGCAGUUUUUUGUUUUUCUUCUUUUCGUUUACCUUUCUUUGAAAGGCGUUUUGUAGAGCUUGGAGAAAUUGCUGCUUCAUGUAUCCUUCGUACAGUGGAUGCGAUAUUGUACUAGUGGUUGAUGUUAACAUGGGGUUUUGUGGCUUGUCAGGGGAGAGGUUGGAGGUGUAAGACGAGUGAGGGUGUGUGAAUGGGUGGGGACGUGGAAGACUUGUGCUGCUUCUUGGGUUGUAAGUGGUGUAAGGUUGGAGAUCAGUAUUAGAGGGUGUGGUUGAAGGAGGGGCGUAGGAUAGUUGGGGUUUAUCAGGUGGGAUUUAGUUGUUUUUAUUAUAAUGAAAGGCGGAUAGUGUCUCCCUCCCGAUUUGCUUUAAUUCUAGGCCCUGUUCUGCAUUAUCCUCUCUAUAACACCUCCAAGGUAUCAUAUUUCCUAAAACCUAAAAUAAUCUACCUAUGUAAAGUUUAUAUUAUUGUUUUAAAACGGGUACUUGAGCACUUAUUACGAGGGAGGAAAUAGGAGGCCUGCGCAUUGGGGGAAAGAAAAAACAGCAAUAUCGUGAAAUAUAGUUGCAUUUGGAAUGCUGUGUUUUGCGGGCUUCCUAUUUUACUUAUACUAUAAUUUGUUGGCCUCUAAUUUUAUUCCGGUUCACACAGAAUAGGGGAGGUACACUAAUUGUCAAACCUUGGUAUUAUCCUUUACUUUAA